UGCACUGAAAUCGAAAAUUCAAAUAUUUAGGACUACUUCUGGACCAAAAACCGAGAACAAAUUUUUCAUCUUUUCCACCUAUCAAUACUUGGUAAGUUGAUACUUGGUAACAGAACGAAGUUCUGCAGUAAAAUUUAGAAAAAUAUACAUUGCCAGUUUUGAUACCGAACUACUAAUGCUAUGAUUAUUCUAGCAAUGCUGAAACCAUUUUAGAAACUGAUAUAAAAGAUACGAAAAUCCAUCCCGAAUUAAGGGGGGUUAAAUGCCAGAUUGUAAAAUCACAAACUCGUAAGAUGGGAAGUCGGAGAGCGACAUAAACCCACUUCAAGACAAAGUCGGGGACUGAGCCUCAAACCGAAGUCGAACAGGGAGCGCCACGAGUCCAGGUAAAACAGGUUUGGUGGGCUUAAAUCCGUGUGGCUAAGGUAGAGGGGACCAGUCGCGAGCCGUACCGUCAUGACGGAGGAUGGCCGACCCAAACAACAACGACGCUCCCGAGAAGUACCGGCUCCGGCCUCGGAAGAGGUGCGGCACCUCUGAAGAGGAAGAGGAAGAGGUCUGGACGAAGAGGAGGCGGAAGGGAUCCUCCAAGUCGGCGCCGCUAUCCAAGUACCGGAGGAAGACUGCGAAUGCUCGCGAGCGCUCGCGGAUGAGGGAGAUCAACGAGGCGUUCGACAGCCUGCGGCGGGCGGUGCCGGCCUACGGGGACGGGGCGGAGCGGCUGACCAAGAUCUCCACCCUCCGGCUGGCCAUGUCCUACAUCGCCGCCCUCAGCGACGCCCUCGCCCAGUCCGACGCCUGCCCUAGCCCCCUAGGCGGCGAGGAGGCCGUCGACGUUCAGGAAGACGUGGACGACUUCGACCCCUUCGUCGCCUCAGCCACCCUCGACUUCGACGACUUCCUAGCCAUCGACAUCACAUGACAGAUGUUGAACGAGACAAAUACAAGGAUAGAUCCGAAGAAGAACGCAAAUUCAUCCAAGUUUUCAUUAAAUCAAUAAUUUACAAAAUAAUUUAAACUAUUUUAUGUUUGAUUCAGUACUUUCAUUUUUUUAAAUAAUGUUUUAUUUUCUGUUUUUGAAAUUUCUUCUUUGAACGUUCCCUUUAAAUGUCCAAGUGACCUUAUUAAUGUAAUGUUUGAUGAGUUUAGACUGCCAUAUAUCUUGUGAAUAUUGUAUAUAGUAUUUAAGUUCCUAGUGCCAUAUAGUUGAAUUAAUUUAUAUUGUACAUUUUGUUUUUAAUGCAUAUUUUUUUUUAUACGUAAUAUAAAAAUUAUUUUCUUGAAUUAAUUAUUUUUAAUGAAAUGAAUAUAUAUGUAAUGAAUGGCUUCAUAUAUGCUUCUUGUUGACAAAAUAAAAAUAAUAUUAAGCCAUCAUCAUUUUUCUUAAAAAUAUAUAUAUAUUUAUAUUGUUGCC